CGUUGGACGAGAGCGCGAGGAGCGAGAGGGAGCGAGAGGGAGCGAGAGCACGUGUGCGAGUAAGAGUGAACACCGUCUACCACCGCUCCACGGCCGCGCCCGUGCACGCCUAGAAGCGCGGCGGGCGACACGACCGUAUUCGCGAUAACUCACCGGCCUGCGAGAGUUGCCGCUGAAAGCUUUCCCCCUAAUUUACAUAACAACAUUUUGGCAUAUUCCCGCGCGCUUGCAGAGUGCCGCCACAAAUAUCGCGAAAACCUGUCAAACAGCCCGUUUCCGGCCCGCGAGGCACGCGCGCGCGCGGCGCCAGAUUCAGAUUCGCCCGCGGCGGACCGGACGUUCGCGGGCAGGGGGGAAGGCUGGGAGGGAAGGCUAGCUACCCUCCUCUUUUGCUCUCCUCUCGGCUCUCCCUGCGCGGCGCAGCGCCUUCCGAGGAGGUCUAUUUUCAGAGCGGCAGCCGCCCGCAGCAGCCCAGCCCUGGGCAGGACCGCCUGCCCCUCGUGUGGCGGGGCGUGGCGGUGGCGGAGAGUUGCGGGGCGAUCGCAACAGCCUCAGAGGAGGACGCGAAAGUGUGGCGGAAUGUGACGCUAAAUCACUGAAAGCGAAUGGAGACACGGAGGUCCUCGCAACAAACACGGCGCUGGAUGAAGCCCGCGCGCGACUUUGAAGGUCCUGCUGGAGUGCUGCCUAGUGUCGCCUCCUGGUAAGAGAGCCCUCCCCACCCCUCCCCAAUCCCCGCCGCUGGAGAAACCGAGCAAGCCAUGGCCGGGUGGAACAAGCUGACGGUGGACUCGGCCGUCAUCCACAGCCUCCCAGGAGGACCGCUUCUCUCGUCGUCAUCGUCGAGCUCGUCCGGGCGGAGGCGGCGCGCGACGAUCGAGAAGCUGCCGGACAAGGUGUUGAUGCACAUCUUCUCGUACCUCACGCACCGGGAGAUCUGCCGCAUGGCGCGGGUCUGCCGCAAGUGGCGCCUCAUCGCGUACGACACGCGGCUGUGGAAGAGCGUCUCGCUGCGGCCGGAGAUCUCCGGGCUGCACGUCGGCUCCCUGGAGGCGCUCCUCGCUCUCAUCAGCAUCCGGUUCGGGCCGUCGCUGCGGUACAUCGAGCUCCCCAUCGAGCUCAUCACCCACACCGUGCUGCACGAGCUGAGCAACAAGUGCCCCAAUCUGACGCACAUGCUGCUCGACUUCUCCACGGCCAUGCAGCUCCACGACUUCAGCGAGAUGCAGGCCUUUCCAGCUAAGCUUAAAUAUAUGGUUAUAUGUCUGUCGGAGGUCAUCUUCAUGGAGGGUUUCAUGAGAAAAAUUUAUAAUUUCAUUAAUGGUCUAGAAAUUUUGCAUUUAAUAGGUACAUAUGAAAAAGUCGAGGAAGAGGAAGAAGAAAUUUACGAAGUCAUCAACGUUCACAAAUUAAAGAGCGCAACCCCAAAUCUAAGAGUUAUUAACCUGUAUGGAAUCAACUUCAUAGACGACAGCCACAUAGAUGCCUUUAGUUCCAACUGUAUUCAGCUGGAAUGUCUUGCCGUCAACUUUUGCAACAAAGUCACCGGCUCAACUCUAAAAACAUUAUUCCAAAGAAGUCGACGAUUAAAAUGUCUCCUCAUGCACCAAACAAGCCUCAUUUCCGAGCACGUGAUGGCUGUGGAGUGGGAGAAGGUCAGCCUCCAGGAGCUGGACAUCAGCGCGACGGACGUCUCCACCGAGUGCCUGAUCGACCUGCUCACCAGGAUCCCCAACCUGCGCUUCCUCAGUGCCGGCCAGCUCAACUCCUUCAACGACACGGUCCUCAAGGCUUGGAUGGAAGGCGGCAAUCCCCGGAACUUGAUCGCCCUGGACCUGGACUCCUCGGACAACCUGACGGACGACGCGCUGUACAAGUUCCUGUCGCGCCACGGACAGCAGCUGUCCGGGUUGGUGCUGUCCGGGAUGCCGCACAUCACGGACCAGCUGUGGAUGUCCGUCAUGCCCAUCCUCAACAACGCCAAGAUCUUGGUGAUGGGCACCCCGGAGCGGCUGGGCGUCAACAUCCACGUCGACCAGCUGAUGGACGGUAUCGCCAACAACCUCCCGCGCCUCGAGCGACUGGAGCUGCGGUGGGACCCGCAGAACCUCCGGUUCUCCGACAAGAGCCAGAAGGCUAUCGACAUCCUCCGAGUCAAGUGCCUCAAGUUGCGCUGUCUGGUGCUCAACGACGGCCGAUACUACGAGAUCGUCAAGGCCAACUUUGAGCGCGCGGACCGCAACACGGUGGUGAGGACGUCGACGAGCAGCCGCGUGUCCAACUACUACCUGCUGGGCAACUACAAGGACCUCGUCUUCAACUGAACCGGGCAGCGGAGGGAGGCCCCCGUGGGGGAAGGACCGCCACGGGGGCCGCGAGCCUGGUCAUCGUCCUCCUCGCGGACAUGUUGGCGGGCAGGCCGCUGUCCACAACACCGCGGAGGGUUGGUCGGAGGCGGGUCUGUGAGGCUAAGGGCAUCAGGACGCCCAGCGCCUAUAGUGCCGCGUGCAGCAGUGCCACUCGCUCACCCAUUGGACGCUACCAUAAGUGACAGAAGGAGGAGGAGAGGGUGGAGCAGGGGCACGGAGCACCCGACACGAAGGGAGGGACACGAGCAGAGUGGGCCGAGCCGCGUCCACUCUGAAUGUGUAUAUUGGUUUUUUCGGGUGAUGAUGCGUAAAUGGGGCUUCAGAAAGCGUAUGAAGAACGUCGUCAACGAGCAAAAUGAGAGGUUCACGCGAGUUCUUUGGAAUAAAGAGAAAAUGGAUUAUUUUC